AUGCAAGGUUGGUGGCUUAUUUUUGGUUCUUUGCAGUCGACCACAUUAACAUUCGCCCACAGAGGGAGUGAGACGCAAUAAUUUUGUCUUAUCCUUAAAGUCUCGAGAGUAACUAACAUCAAUUUUCUCCUAACAAUAUCCAUGCACAAUCAAAAGAAAAGGUUAUGAGAAAUAAUAAAAUGAUCAUCAAAAUGAAAAUGCUUUGAUUUUUAUCAAAUUCUCUCAACUAAUUCUGUAAGGAAAUAUAUGGAGAUCUGUAGAGAGAAUUCUUAUGUGGAUAUUGGGACUUAAAAGAUUACUCAUUAAGUCAAUGUUCCUCCAUAAAAAGAUUCAAAAGCUGACGCAUUAAGUGCUAGCCCGUCAUCAGAGCGAAUUGAAACUUGAUAACACCAGCUUUUUUUAAAGAUUUGAACAACCAAUUUUAUAAUUGAACCAUAACCUUUAUUUUUGUACUUUACAGUGUCAGUGCAUGAAGCUUCUUUACAAGAACAGAAGCUGAGAGGAGAACUCAGAAAACAAAACAUCUCUGCAAGCAGCUUAGCAUCGGUAAGAAGUAAUCCUGGUACAGGAUCGAGCCACCCUAAGGGAGUAGUUAGAGUACCAAGCUCAAGUCAAGAGGUCGCUGUUUUCGGUUUAACCAGAGGUCCCCUCUUUUCCACAGAGGCCUAGCGGAGAGUAGAACACAGGGGAGAAAACGUACGUGGUGUAUGCUGGGAAGGGGAAGAGAGGAAGCGAGGUUUCCGCCAUUUUUCUUUCCUUCGUUCACACGACAGCACUUUCGAGUUAUAAAAGAAGUUAUGUUCUUGUCGUCGGAGCUUCUGUUAGGGAAAUAUGAGGUGCAUAUGUAGCCACACGGCACUGGCUGGUUUUGAUUAAAGUUGGAUCUGAGUUCAACUCCUUGGCCAUGCCUGUUGGUGCCUCUGAAGCUUUUACGUUUACUUUCGUUUUCUUAUUUAGACGAAGUGCUAGAAAGUUGUGGAUGAUGCCUCAUUUUGUUACCGUGCAUACGUCACACGUUUUGCAUAUUACCGGAAGGUCUCAUUUUGCAAAAAUCAAUUCGCACCAUAGAUUAGUAUUGUUAAAUAUCCGUUUCAUUUGAAUGGUCACAUCAUAGUUCUGGGAGUGAAAGAGUUAAUCACUAGAGAGCUUUAGAUUUGAGGAGGAGAACGAGUAUGAGUAUGAGAUUUAACAUAAAGUUUCAGAAUCUAAGCCCUCUAUUGUUCUUAGCCAUCAGCUGUGACUACAUUGAUAGAUGAAAUGUCAAAAAAGAGAGAUCAGAUCGCUAUUACUCCUCGCCGACAGUGUCUACUUCACCCUGGACCCCGUGGAGACUCUGGUAUUCUGGGAAAGGUUUGUUCAGUUUACUUUUCGAUGAGUUCACACUAUGCUUUAGUCGGACAAUUUUUUUUCCCUUUUUCUAAAGCCAUAGCAAAGAGUGAUUUAUAAUAACCGUUAUGCAUGUUUACGUCAGACGAGUAUAUUUCACCACCCAGCCUCGUUUUGAAGUUGAAAAGUUGCCAAGUGCAUAAAUGAAUUCCCAGGGCAGAAAAGUUGAAAAGAAUAUUCACGCCCAAAGGGGGCAAACAGUUUUGUUUACAAACGAAAAUUUGUUGAAAAUGCAACUUCAAAUAUUCUCGACUCAUUAAUAAUUCAAAGAAAAUACAAAGGAAAUUAAUGUUUAAUGGGUUUGAAAAUGAAAACUUAGUUUUGCAUUUAUUUCUCCUUCAAAAACGAGGUUUGAGAAGAAAUAUCAAACAUUGAAAUUUCAUCGACUGACGUCAAAAAAUUGCGCGUGCACUCUCUUCUCGGUGUUUCAUCUGGUGAUGAAACACUCAGAACACUGCAUCUCAUGUUUGAUAUAUUACGUGACAGCCCUGACCUCGGUAAUGAAGACACUUGGCUCUACCUCGUCGGUAUACUUUUGUUGCGUGUUAGCGCUAACGCUGUUCUCUGUUCCCCCUGCAGGUUGCUCAUUUAGCUCAAGUGGUAGAUGACGACGUUGCGCGAGUACUGUCGUGGCACAUGGCAUCCGAUAUGGACUGUGUCGUUACUCUCACGACAGAAAAGGUUCGUCCUUAGACUUUCAAAAAAGUCCUUUUUCCGAUUUAAUAUGACGCGGGACGAAGGUCGACCUUUCGCGACUUCGUCGUACGCUUGGUCGCUUGCUAAGACGCUCGUGCUGUCGACUUCUAGCAAGUCUAGUUUGUUCCCUAAACCUCGUGUUUUGCCUGCUGUGCUUUUCGCUCAUCAUAAAUUCUCUCCCCUUUUGGGUAGCUAGUAUGUACGUAAGUUAUGCUGUUCCGCUCUAUCCUAUUCUACUGGACCUGUCGUUUUGUGCUCUGUAGGGUGUAUUUUUUAUUGCUGACAAGCGUUUGCGAGGUAGCAAUACUAUUGUUUGUGUAGCGAAAAAAUUCAAUUUUGUAGUAUUCUUUGUGUAGCGGCAAAUUCAAUUUGUGUCGAAUGUAAGAUCACCCGCAAACACACUUGGUCAUGACUAUCUUAGAGGUCUUCUUAUAUGACGUAGUAUAUCCGCACAGCGCUCGAUUGAAUGUUCAAGUUCCUGACAAACGGACAAUCUUGCCUGUUUAAACUGUCGAAUUCUUUUUCUUUUCCUCCGGUAUUAAUAAAAUCAAUCGAGUUAAAGGCUUCCGUGUUACCUCAGGAAUGAACCGUAACUUAAGUAUUUGCCUUACUGGUCGAAAGCACACUGAUUUCAUGAGCGAAUGUUUUACAUCAACGGGCAAAGUCAACGACUAAUAUUUUGGCACAAAACUGUAAAUUCCUCUGCUGCUUAUUUCCUGGUAAUAAUUAUUACUGUCUCACUUCCAUGACCUCCACACAAGUCCUUUUGUAGCUCUCUAAAAUAACCAGUAACAUUUAUCUAGUUUUUUGUCACUUUUUGAAUAACACGGGUGACUGUUUAUUUUCAGGCAAAACAAGUGUAUCGCGACUCUAAUGGCCAGCAACAAGUGCUACCCUUGGAUUCUAUCUUCAGACGUAGUUUACCAGAAUGGAAUAGGUACAGACCAAAUUAACCCAGUUAUUAUAGACGCUGUGUCUCUCAGGAGUUUUCAAACCCAAACCUGCUUAACAAUUUUACACCAUAAAUCCUCCAUUAAGACCCCCCCCCCCUCUCAAAUGAGCCCCCUCUCACUAAUAGGCCUCUCCUUUUCAGAGAAAGAAAGUUAAUAAGCCCCCUUCUCUUUAAGCCUCCAUCCCGUCCCCUCCGCUUAUUAUUCUUUAUUAUUUUAAUGAUAGACUGUAUUAAUCAGUCACGACAGUAAAACAUGGUGUGGACUGAUCCAGGACGGUUUAUUUACCAACUAGAAGUUCGGAAUUGUUAUUGAUUUUCGGCUGCAUGACUCCAACGUCUUGUACUGGAACUUUUCCUCUUUGUAUUCUAGUUCUUUAUGGUGAACUGAUACCAUCGUUUCUUCUAAAUUAGAUAACCCCCCCUCUCUCUAACCCCUCCCCCACCUCAAAUGGGCUUGAAAUAAAUAAGCCCCCCAAGGGGCUUUAAUUGAGGAUUUACGGUAAGUUGGUUUUUUUAACCCAAAGAAAAUUCAGGGAGUGCUCAAGUAGUGCCGAUCAAGUUUAUAAAAUUUCCUGCCCGGUUUUAUGAGUUACUCUACUACAUUAAAAUGUACUAUACUAUUAUCUGCAGGUUUAACCUGGCUUACACUCUCAUUCAUUCGCGUAGUCAGUUGUGAUGUCAUAUAAUGGUGAUCUAUCUUUUGAAUCUGUAGGCGAAUUCAUAUAGAACCCUCUAUUUCGGUAGGACCCUAUGCGUGAUUUUUCUUUCCUGAAUUUGUGAAAAUUAGACUAUUAACCCCCAGUGCAUUAGAAAAAGUUAGCAAUGCUUGCAGACAUGUCAGCAGCGGCCUGUGAAUAUGCUAGUGAGCACGCUCAAGAAUUUUCCAGUUGCCUCAGAGUUUUAAGCCUUUAGCGUAGCUUAGCAAUGAGUAGCCAUUAAUACUGACUGUUAAUUUUAGAGCUCUUCCACAUAUACGAGGUCAGGGCAGUUACAAUCCGUCUGGUAACCCUGUGUACGCAAGAGAUAUGUUGAUGUUUCCAACAGAGGCGGAAAAUUGCAAGCUAGGUAAUACGAAUGUGUAUGCAAGAGUACUUAUUGUAGGGCCUGUGCGACAAUAGACCAUUAGAUAAUCAUUAGCCUGCUCUAUGUUCUCUAGUUUAAAAACAACUGUUGGGCCAACGCUCGAGAGGCGCCGGCGGAAUCUCAUGCGCGAGUGGCAAGCAGAUGGCUCAUUCGAUAAGUUCUUGAAUGGAGAACGUCUCUAAGGCCAAGGUAAUUUGCUUGAAAGAAAGCAGUGCUGAGGGACGUUGAAUAGAAAUGAAUUUUCUGUUUAGGAAGGUGAACGUUUCGCUUACCCGUUGUCAAAGAGAUACCCAUUGGUGGAGCUCCGUGAUUAGUUGCAACAAGCUAGCGUAAACGGCAAGAAUCAGUUACAUGCUUCCCCCUCCCUUAAAUUAGCCGGACGACAGUUUCUCCAAACAGGCAGCUAAACAUUGGCUAGUAUAGGGUACAAAUACGUUAAUCCCAGGAAACAGUCCCCCUUAAUGCACAACAUCCACUUCCCGUUUGUUGACAUUUCCAGUGAUUCCACGCUCAGAGGUAGAAUUAACUUUGUCAAGAUACAUUGUUAUGGGUUUAGGAACUACCACUCUUACGCUCCGUGAACAUCUACCAAUGCUUGUUGGGUAUCAGAGGUCUUUUUAUUUUCCUCGCCUGCGGCGGGGUGCUUCGAUGUCGGUAACAGACCGAAGCCGCGAGUCACUUUCACCAGAAAUUACACUAGAAACGUCUUUGCUGUCCGGGGUAUACAAAGUUCUUCGUGACUGUCAAAAAUUUUCCUCAAACUCAAUAACAAAUAAAUGUAUCGAGAAAACAGACAAAUUCUAUACCAUGAAUUGCGACACCUAAAUCAAACACUCGAAAGAGUUUUUCAUUUGGAAUCCAAAUAACCUUGACGUCACUAUGCCUCAUUUUUCAACUCACUUCUCGUUUUCUGCCCUAGGGGGUACUCCCUAUAAUGGCCUAUACGGAGAGACUCCGCCCGAAAGGGGUACCUUUUUCAGACUUCAGGUAUAUGGAAGGGUUGGGAUUUUACCAGUUGAAUUAUAUGAAAGUGGUGGGAUAUCUGUCAUUUGGGCCUGUGAAAGGGCUCAAAGGGCUGAGCAGAUGAAUUUCAGUGUUAUGGCUUUAUAAAGUUGGGAAAACGUUCUAUUUUUGUGAUUGAUUCCUACUUAAAGGACAAUGCAUUUGCAGCAGCUAAAAAGGGGUACCUUUUUCGUGAAAAAUGGUAUAUAAAAGGGUAAGGGGUUGGACCUCGGGGCGUAGCCUCCCGUGUAAAAAAUUUGUUGAGUACGCCCCCGGGAUUUUCUGCAUGUUUUUUCAAACUUUCCUCGGGUUUGAUUCAUUGCUUGUCUCAUUGCAGUGUUCGGUAUGUUACUGGGUGAUACACUGAUCCUAGAUGACCUGGACUGUGCAAAUAAAUACAGACAACAGGUGAGUACACUUGUUGAUGAUGCAUUUCAAGGUGAUGUUACAUCGGACGAUUCGCAGCAACGAUUUUUAGCGCUAGACAGCGUUGCAACAUUGUUGUGACAUUGAUUCAAAUGGUUGCAACGUUGUUCCAACAUUGCCGGCAAUGCUGUGCCACGGCUGGCUAUUUCAUGUUGUUAAUAUUGCCAAUUAAGCUUCCUUGUGCGCAAUGAAACUAAACGUAAGGGGAAAAAUUUUCUUGUAAACGACAAAAUCACAGCUUCUCGUCAAAUAAAUGUCUCUCAAGCAUUAUAUGAAACGUUAAAUACGAGCAAAAUGAACUUUGGAAACUGUUAGGCUAACAAGUUUUCAAAAAUCGGCAAUUGCAAUCCGUUUUAGUCUUCCUCAGCUGAGUUUGUCCGCCCCUGCCUCUUUUUGUAUUUGCUGUGCUAUUAAUGCUUUGUUUAAAUGUUUUGAGCGGUUACGGUAUUUUUAUGUUUCACUCAAUUUGGUGGCGGUUUCUACUGUUAGAAUUUUGAUACGUAAUUCAUGACUCAGCUCCUUUAACAUCAAUGUACUAGUGACGACGUGACAUUUUUACAUUUAGCCUGUGUAGCUGGCGGGAUUGUUAUGCCCUAUUCAAAACCGGGAGGCUCGAGAGGGUUGAAUCCACACCAGGCUCCAGGCUACCGUCCAGUGGAUAACUCAAUUGGUUUCCCUUAUACCUAUUCGCUAGACAGAGAUUUAUUUAUCCAGUAGAUAGCGCUGUCCAACGUUUGAACGACGAUGGGGCGGUUUUUUUCGAGCCUUUAAGCUAAUUGCAAAAUUAUAGACAUAGCUGUGGCUUUGAGAUAAAGCCACUAACAGACGACUGCAAUGCAAUAAAGAAAACUAUUGAUUUACGCCUGACUAUAGUGAACUUAACCAAGGACGUUUUAGAGCGACACGCACCAACCAGAAGUGGCUGUUUUGCAUCAUUGGUCAGCAGUUUUUUCCCAAAUUAAAUUUCUGGCAAUUCGUCUCAGUAAGAGUAAAGAUACCGUAUUUAUUCGAUUAACCUGCCCUGGGCGCUUAUUAAAUUUUCACCAUUUUCAGCAAGUCAAGUAUGUUUAUUUUGCAACAAACAAUAAAUGGUAAUAACAAAACGCGAAGAUGUAACAAAGUAAGGUCUCUGUAAAAUGCUCUGAAGAAAACUUCGUCUUCGGGGAAGUCUCUUAUUAGUACUUAUUCAAUUUCGAUUUCAAUCUCAUUGUCACUCAAGUCAAUAAGUGAAUUCUCUGGUGCUGCCUCCUCGAUGUCCGACAUCGGGGAGUGGAGUGGGGGUGGGCGCUUAUUCGAGGUGGGCGCUAAUUUGAGGUUGGGCGCAUAUUCGAAUAAAUACGGACUUAACAAGGCACAUUUGUUAGCGUCAAGAUAAUGAGAAAAGGCUUCACUUCCGGUUGACGUGUUACGUCCAGAAAUGUCUUUGCUUAACCUCCCUUGUGUAUUGUUAUGAUGUAGGUUGUAAAGCACACUCAUUGUCCUACGAUUCUUACAAGAGGAGGAGAUCGCAUCAGAAGUAACGGUAAGUUAUUUCGCCCAUUAACCUUUAAGUGACUAGUGUUUAAGAUUUCUCCUUAUUCUUACACCGUUCAGUCAAACAUAGAUAUCGAUAACAUGCUGAGCUGGCAGGUCGCGCAAUAUCACGUGAUCAUGGAAUGACGCAAUGGUGAGGUAGAAUUUCUCCUUAUUCUUACACUGUUCAGUCAAACGUAAAUACCGUGAGAAAAAGCGCAUGAUCAGCAAGUGAAAAAGGUCUUCAUUACGCAGGAUAUGCGUGGAGAACGUUGUGGAGAAUGUUUGUAUUAAUUUUAGGGUUUAAAGGGUCGCACCAAUCCCCGUGAUACUGUUUCUUCUAGUGAGAAUUUUAAUCUCGAUUGUUUUGCUCUCUUGCAAAGGUAAAUUCGGCGGACUGCAGAACAAAGCUCCUCCUCUUGAGAGAAUGCGCGGCGCAGUGUUCGCUGCGCCUCUUCCGCUGACAUUCCAUUCACUGACAACGCAGAUUGGUGAGUGACAACUAAAGCUCUUCUCAUUUUUCACCGCCAAUGUAUAACUCCAACAUUGCUGCUAAUGUUUUUCUUUAUUCGUUAUGUUGUCAGAACAACUACAAGCUUUUAAACAAGCCGUUAUCAAACACACACAAGCCAAGGAAGAACUUUCGGUAAGCUUAAAGAAGCGCAUCGCAUUGGUUUUUUUUUUUCCUUUCGUACACAAAUCCACCCUGCUGUCAGUCUUCUUUUCUUGAGAGCGGAUGAAAAGGGGAAGUUCUGCCUGAAUCGCGUCGAGUCUUGUUUUAACCCUUUAAGUCCCAAAAGUGACCAACGUCAUUUUUCUCCUAACAAUAUCCGUAUAUUGUCAUAAGAUGAGGUUAUGAGAAUUAAUAAAAUGAUCGCCAAAGAAAAAUGCCUUGAUCAUUUAUUGAAUUCUCUCAACUUAUUCUUAAAGGAAAUGUAUGGAGAUCACUUUGGAGAAUUUGUAUGUGUAUAUUAAUUGGGGCUUAGAGGGUUAAGGCCGCUUUCCUUCUUAUCGUAUAGGUGAGCGCGACCCCAUAACUUAAAGAUUUGAAUCCGCUUUCACUACUUUUCUGUUCAGCUCGCCAGUUUAUUUUCAAAACAAAUCGUUGGUAACGGUUAGCUGAUUUUGAUUUUAGCUGAAUUUGAUCUUGGAGCAUUUGAAGGGAACACUUUCUCUAUCUCCUUUCUCUAACAGCUGCAGCUACAGCACGGACAAACGGAGGAGAUGAAAAUUAAACACCGGGAAUGCAGAGAGGCUGAAACCCAGUUACGCAUGAUUGAGGAGCGUUUGGGCAUGACUCCGACCCAGUACAAUAUGCCUCCCAGUCCGGCCACUAUGCUGCUGACAGAAAUCAACACUCCACCUACAAGAACAGCUACCUCGCGUCGCUCCAGCGCACGAGCUGCGGCUGCGGCUACCGCUUCUCCGACCUUAUCGACUCCGGUCGUAAAUGGUUCGAGCAACGCAUCGGGAAACACAACUUCUCCGCGAACGAGGCGAGGUGCUGCGAUCUCCCCUGAAGAUGUAAGAACCAGUAAACGAACGCGCCGAUGA